AUGCCAUUCAACUACAACCCAGAGAAGGAUAUCCCCGACCUAACAGGCAAAUCAAUCUUCAUAACAGGAGGAACAAACGGCCUAGGCGCAACUUCAGCAAUCCACCUGGCAAAACACAACCCAUCUCACAUCUACAUAAGCGGCCGCAACGAGGCCAGCGCCCAACAAACAAUAACCAGCAUCCAACAGAUCAACCCAUCUGUCCAAACAACAUUCAUAAAAUGCGACCUCACCUCCCUCCCCUCAAUAAACCAAACCAUCGAAUCCUUCACAUCCCACUCCCCACCCUGGAGGCUAGACAUCUUAAUGUGCAACGCAGGCAUAAUGGCCGUACCGCCAGGCCAGACAAGCGACGGCUACGAAAUCCAAUUCGGAACAAACCACCUCGGCCACGCGCUGCUCAUUAAGAAACUCCUUCCAACACUGCAGGCCUCGUCUGAUGAUCCGCGCAUCGUCAUCCUCACCUCGCAGGGCUGGGCUCUCCACCCGCGCGGCGGAAUCAGGUUUGACACGUUGGCGUCGGGGCAGGAUAUGUGUUUUCUUGGGCCGUGGCAGCGCUAUGCGCAGAGUAAACUUGCCAAUAUGCUUUAUGCGCGUGAGCUUGUGAAGAGGGUGGAGGGGGUUAGGGUUUUGGCUGUUCAUCCUGGGAUUGUGAAUACUGGGUUGGUUGAUUCGUUGAGUUGGAAAAACCGCGCUGUUGUGUAUGCUACUUCUUGGUGGAGGUUUGUGAAGCCCGAGGAGGGAGCGUUGAAUCAGGUUUGGGCUGCUACUGUGGAUUUUGGGGAGAAUGAGGUUGUUAAUGGGGGGUAUUAUGAGCCUGUUGGGAAGUUCAUGGAGGGAUCUUUGGAUUCUGUGGCUUUGGACGUGGAUGGGAAGCUUGCAGCAAGAUUGUGGGAGUGGACGGAGGAGGCUUUGAAGGCAUUCUAG